AUGGAUCGGCGAGGGCGUGGACGGGGGUGUGGGCGUGGGUUUCGGCAACCUCGCACUCCCGAGAGAGGUGAGGGAUCUACGAUUGGACCAAAUCAAAACCCUAGAAACGAAGAGGGUGACCAAGUGGCUACGGCCAUUAACCGCAUGACCGAUAUCCUCGAGCGCUUAGCUGAGCGCCAAGGACCUGAACCAGUCAACCAACCUGGAAACCAAAAGAGGGGUGAGGAUAGAGCCCUAGAGCGAUUCUUGAAGUUCACUCCACCUAAGUUUCAUGGAGGAUCUGAUCCCGAGGUAGCGAAAAAUUGGUUUGAAAGGAUGGUUGAUAUUUUUGCUGCUUUAGAUUAUACCGAAGAAAGACAAGUGAAUUUUGCUGUUUUUCAAUUUGAGGGAGCAGCACGCUCAUGGUGGAAUGUUGUUAGUGCAAAGUGGGAAAGAAAACAAACCCCUUGGACUUGGCGGUUCACCAAAUUUUUCAAAUUUGCCCCUGAGCUUGUAGUCACCGAACGGAAACGGAUAAGGAGGUGUAUUCAGGGGUUAAAUGUAAAAAUCCAAGAAUCCCUAGCAGCUGCCCAGAUUGCCACUUUUACGGAUGCCUUAGAUAAGGCGCAGAGGGUAGAGAAUGCUAAAUCUCAAUCUAAAGCUUUUCAUGCUAGAAAGAGGGGUAACCCGAGCGAUACCCCUAAAUCGUCCGAGAAGUCUACCCAACCCCUUGAUAUGAGAAAAGGGGCUGGAGAAGUGAGGAUGCAUGACAAACCCGGAGAAACUCCAUCAAGCGAAGCCCUGCCAAAAGGAAACCAGAGUAAGCGAGGUCAACAAAAGAGAAAAUCCCAAACUAGUCAAGUCGUGACUCCUCAUAUAACUUGUGCAUACUGUGGCAAAAUUAACCACACGGAGGCCGAGUACUGGAGAAAACAAGAAAAAUGUCUGAGGUGCGGUAGUACCAAGCAUAAAUUUUUGAAUUGCCCUAAAGUUUCUAAGGGAGAAGGAAAUUCUCAACAACCUGCUAAAUCCACUGCAAAUCAAUCGAGUGCCGGAAGGAAUAAUUAA